GACAGUCCAGGGUCAGUCCUUUUUCAACUGCAACAGAGUUACACGUGAACUGGUCGCCAGAAAUCCCUGUAUCUACAAGAACAGUUUGUCAAAUUCUCUCACACGGUGUUCUCCAUGGUCAAAUUAGUGCAUAGAAACCAGGAUUAUACAGAAGACAACAACAAAUCGAGUUGCAUUUGUUAAGGUCCACAGCUUGCAGGAAGGAUGGACGAUGAAAAGUGGCAGAAGGUUGAUUUUCUGAUGAAUCAUCCAUUGAACUGCAUCCCAAUCAACGUAAAUCCUGCAGAAGCCGCACUGACCCAAGAUUCACCAAGAAAACAGUCAGGUUUGGUGAAAUAAAAUUCAUGGUUUGGGGUUACAUCCAGUAUGGGAUGUACGAGAGCUCUGCAGAGUGGAUGGAAACAUCAACAGCCUGAAGGAUCAAGAAAUUCUUGCUGCCCAUUACAUCCCAAACUAUAAGAGAGGGCAAAUUCUGCAGCAGAAUGGCGUUCCUCCUCAUACUUCAGCCUCCACAUCAAAGUUCCUGAAAGCAAAGAAGGUCCAGGAGCUCCAGGAUUGGCCAGCUCAGUCACCAGACAUGAACAUUAUUGAGCAUGUCUGGGGUAAGAUGAAGGAGAAGGCUUGGAAGAUAAAACCGAAGAAUGUUGAUGCACUCUGGGAGACCUGCAAGACUGUUUUCUUUGCCAUUUAAGAUGACUUUAUCAAUAAGUUAUUUGAGUCAUUGAUGAGACGUAUGGAUGCAGUCCUCCAGGCUCUGGAAGUCAUUCACAAUAUGAAUUAUUUUUUGCAAGACACCAUGACUUAAUGUUCUGAUGUUUUUGUAGCAUAUUUGUGUAUUCAGAAUAAAGUAUAUGUAUAAUUUCAACAUUAUUUUUGUAUGCGACAAGACUUUUGUCCAAGCAAAAUCUGACCUUUCUGUCCUAAUUAAAUGAUAAAACUCAAUGAAUGAUACAAAACUUUAUUUUGGCAUAAUAAAUAUAAUCUAGAGGGCUUUGGGGCUGCACAGUGACGUAGUGGUUAGCACUUUCGCCUUGCAGCAAGAAGAUCCCUGGUUCAAAUCCCGGCCUGGGCCUGGGAUCUUUCUGCAUGGAGUUUCCAUGUUCUCCCUGUGGAUGUGUGGGUUUUCAGGUUCUCCAGUUUCCUCACACAGUCCAAAAACAUGCUGAGGUUAAUUGGCAACUCUAAAUUGUGCGUGUGAAUGUGAGUCAUUGAUCAACUUGCCCAUCAUAAUCCACAUCUCUCAUAUUCAGUAAGGACUUCUGAAGAUGGAUAAAGGAGAAGAACCAGCUCCACCCUACACCGCCAACUAUGGAGCAGCGCCUCCACCAGGGAUGUACCCUCAGCCGGGCUUCAUCCCUGCAGGAGCUCCCCCUGCUGGAUACCAGGCAGUCCAAACAGGUCAGGUGAUAGUAACUCCAGCACUACAGGACAUCCCAGGACAAACCGUGUGUCCCCACUGCCAGCAGUCAGUGACCACCACCACAGUGUUCAAACCAGGCCUGCUGACCUGGGCUGUCUGCGGCGGCCUUGCCUUCGUUGGGUGCUGUUGCUGGAUCCCAUUCUGCAUUGAUGCCUGUAAAGAUGUGGAGCACAGCUGUCCAUCCUGUCACAGUGUUAUCCACAUACACAAGCGAAUGUGAAACCAUCCCCUGAAAGAUGACCUGAGUGUCAGUGUUUUUCUGGAGCUUAUUUAUAGCCCUACUGACCCAAAAACAUUCCUGGGAUGUUGGACAAAAUGGUUCAAAACUGAACUCCUGACUGCUCAUUAUGUGACUCUUUCCCGCUCAGUAUGAAUGAGAAAACCAUGGACAGUUAUUUUCAGCAAUCAGUGGAACCUUUGUAAUUGAAGAAAGAACACAAACCAACACACAGGAAAAUAAAAUGAACUGUCUGCUGUAGUUAUAAGUUGUUGUUUGAACAGAAGUGACUCCUGCUGGUUGUUGAACGUCUCACAUUGUCUGCUGUGCAUCUUUAUGCUUCCUCUCUGCUCCAAUGCCUCACAUUGUUCCUGUUGUCUUUUCUUGUUCCACUUGCUUUUCAUUUUUAUGUUUGCCUGAUUGAGUUUACACAGAUUUGAUUGUUUUCUUUCAAAAUUAAAUUAUCGAAUGUAAUCUGUCAGAUCAUAAUAAAGUGAGUCUGUGAGCUGA